AUGUACUUCAGCUUCAACUACAAUGUCCCGCUGUACUUCCAGACAGUAGGCAACAUGCGAGCCUCAUCAAUCGGUAUGCGCAUGAUUCCUGCCAGUCUUAGUGUGGGCAUGGGCAGUCUUCUUUCUGGCUUUUACAUGAAGCAUUUCGGGCGCUAUUACAAGUAUUGCAUAUUUUGCGCGACAGGCGUAUGCGUUAUGUUCUCGCCUGCCCUGACUUAUUUCUUGGAUCCACCCACGAUUUCUCCAUUUAUUUGCUAUACAUUUAUGCAGUUUUGCAUUGCAGGGUACCUGACAUCGUCUCUCAUUGCACUCAUACACUGUGUGAACAAGAAAAAUCUGGCCGUUGCCACAGGUAUGAAUUAUCUUUUCCGCACUACAGGCCAGGUGCUUGGUGUGGCUGUAUCUGGUGUGAUCUUGCAGAAGAACCUUUUGGCUAAUUUACGCCAACGCAUUGUUGGCCCUGGCGCCGAAGAGCUGAUCCAGCAGAUCCGUCAAGAUACCACUGUGCUCUCCAAACUGCCUGAAGGAGUUCGCCAAGAUGCAAUAUAUUCCUACGCCAGUGCUUUUCAUUCUGUGUAUAUCUUUAUUUUUGCAACGUGUGUAAUGGCGUUGCUGUAUACCUUGUUUAUUGAAGACAAGCACCUUGAUGAAGAGCAUGGCUUGGUCGAAGACUUGCCGCCGCCGCAGCAAGUCAAUGGUCGUACGGAGCAGUAA